UUUCAGUUUGUUUUUCUUUGUCUUUCAACGCGAGUGGGUUGCGUGCGUGAGCAACGUCCGAGGAAAGUUCACUGAUGGAGCUCUGCAAUUGAAGGCAUCCUCCGAAUCCUCUACAACCUGUGCUGCUAUUUGUGUGUGCUUAACUGAAUCGGAAAAUUCGGGCCCGACUCAUCAUGCUACAAUUCGUGGGCCGUUCAGCGUGAAAAUUGUUCAACGGUAGAAAAUGGAUGCAGUGGCAGCGUCCUGCAGCAAGCAUCUCUCAAUCGACCGUAGCCUGCCGUGAUUUGCCGUUGCUACACUCAUGCUGUGAUGCUUUUUUUCGACGGCCCAUGAAAAAAGUCAUUAGCCCUGAGAGCCUUGGGGUUUUGCCCUUAGAUCAGUUGAUAGCCUCAAGCACCAGCGUUGUGUGAGUGUGUGUUCGUGUCUGUAUUUUUGAAGAAAUCCUCAAUCGUUCGUGUUAAUCUUCGUCUUAAAAAAUCCGUGCCCUAAAAAUUUGUGUAGCAAUUCCUCUCUGUGUGGUUACAAAAUGUGUGAUAAAACAAACGGCCACGGUGGUAUGGCUGACGGAGGUGGCGGUCGGAAUGUAACGUCCGAAGCUGGAACAAAUAAUGGCGGAUCGUCGACGGACUCGGUCCGAAAUCUUACCGAAUCUCCUGGCCCCGGUGGCCAACGGUUAGGCCAGAACGAUAGCGUGCAGCAGCAAUUUACACGCUUCGCAGACUAUUUCGUCAUCUGCGGGCUGGAUUUGGAUUCUGGGCUUGAGCCAGAUCUGUUUGCAGGCGAUAGUCUCCAUUGCUCGCCGCUAGACAGUGCGUACAAAAGCAAACCGCUCGCCCACUACCCAGAGCACGUCGCGUGGAAUCCCUUCGAUGCGCACGGUAUCUGCAUGCUGUCCCUGCCGCAGGGUUUGCGCUUUCGCACCCAAAAGCACAACAUCGAGCCACGGUUCCACGCGUUUGCGACGACGCGCGAGGACGGCAAACGCUGCUACGGGUUCAGCCUGGUGUUCUACGAGGAGGUUCGCAACCGUCAGAUAUGCAGCGCCAUGCACACGCUCCAGUCGAUGUUUAUAACGGAAAUUUCCAGCUCGCAGCAACCACCGCCGGGAACGUUGCGCCGGGUGAAGGAAAGCCCGGUUAGCCGUUCCCUGCCGAGACACUUUAAAAUAGCGGCCCAGGCACCGGCAUCCGCGCUCAGCUACUACGACGUCACGAAGGAUAAGCUGUACGUGGCCAAGAGCCUAUCGCUCGUCUGUCAGGUGCCGUACGCACACGUGGCCGAGCUAUUUCUGCAGAAUCUCUAUCGUUGUCUUCCGCGACAUCCCGGUUCCCGGCUGAGCCUGGAAAGCUACGUGUACAAUAUCCUGUACGAGGUGUCAACACCGCCACCGGGCAAAUCGAUACGAAUAUACAUACCGCCGGAAGAACCACACCUACCUCCGAUCGCCACCAUCCUCCAGCGUCCGGCCCAGAAAGACGAACUGCCCUUCAUGGACUUCCCGCUGCGGUUGCUGUUUACCUAUCUCGGUGUCGAGUGUGUCAUCCAGCUGUUCACGUGUGUGCUGCUCGAGAGCCAAGUGUUGCUCCGGUCGACGGACUAUCAAAAGCUCACGAUCGUGGCGGAGUGUAUCACUUCGCUGCUGUUCCCCUUCCAGUGGCCGCACGUGUACGCCCCCAUCCUGCCUGCCUCCCUGCACCACUUCCUCGAUGCGCCGGUCCCGUUCGUGAUGGGGCUGCAUGCCGAUAGCGAUAGCAGUGUGCGUAUCGGUAGCGAGGCAAACCUGUGCUACGUGGACAUCGACAAGAAGUCGGUACAGCUGCCGGAAGAGCUACCCUCCUUUCCGCACCGGCACGAUUUCAUCUCGGAAAUAACGGCCGUGCUGGACAAGUACUCGGUGCCGCGCGAUCGUUCGCUCGAUCCGCCCAGCAUACUCAGCCCAAAGAAUCUCCUCAAGGACCAUGACAUGAUGACGGCGAGCUGUACGCUCCCGUCCGGGAUGCACGUUCGCCGGAAGCAUUCGCUGCACGAUCUGCUCGACUGGGACCGGCCGAACUCGCCCGACAUGCCACUGCCCCCGACCGCCGUACCGGCCCGCCCGGACGUACGGCAAAGGAUCGUUGAUAUUGUGCGGCGCAGCGGUGGGGAUGAGGUGGACAGCGGUGGACCGAACGAGGUCAUGCCGAGUGCCAAGCAGAAGCAACCGCUCUCCACCCUCGAACAGUACUACGAAGAUCUGAGACUGAACAAUGCGUUGCGCGAAAUUUUCCUCAACCGGUUCGUGCAGAUGUUUGCCGCGUACGAGCAUUUUGUUAUACUUCCAAAUCAGAGCAAAGAUGAGUGGCUAACGAACAGAGAAUCGUUGCACAACUUCGACAAAGCAUCGUUUCUGUCGGACCAACCGCAGCACCAUCGUCCGUUCCUGUCCCGGUUUCUCGAGAGCCAAAUGUUUGCCACGCUGAUCGACAACAAGAUCAUGCUUUCGUGGGGUGACGACCUGAACGGAUGUCCGCUGGUCGACAGCUUGAACGGUGACAUGGAGUACAGCUUGAAGCUGUUCGACUCAAGGAUAAAAAUUUUACGUAAGCGUUACGGUGGCGAAAGCAUGAUCCGAACCGCCAACUAUGAACCAUGUAUACUAGCGAGUCAAACGCAGAAGCUGCUGGACAAACGGUUGCAGACGGUCGAUAUGGAGGUUGCGCCACCGAGUGAAAUCCUGGACAAGCGUGCACCCUACUAUCGGAGCUUCCCGCUGCUGGAGAAAUCCGUCCUCAACCAAGAAUGCGUCUCGAGAGGCAACAGCUUGCGACGGGUGAAGAAUGGCAGCACAAAGUGGAAGGUGAAAGAGAUAUCUCUGGACGGUGGCACAACCAACUUACCGGGACUGUCCAAGGAUGCGGAUGGGAACAAAUCGAAUCGCAACUCGGCCAACCUGUCCGGUGCUGAAAUUAGUCCGGCCCUGCUAGCACAGGCCAACUGGACAUUCGUGGAGAAGCUGCUUAAGGACAUCAAGAGCAAGACAAAGCGAAUGCUGCUGGAAAAGAUGGGCACGGAAGCGAUCGAGCUCGGUCUCAGCGGGGAAGCAUCGGUAACGGGUGUGGAAGAGAACACCAUGAUCGCUUCGUUGUGCGAUCUGCUGGAGAAAGUUUGGUCCCACGGGUUAAUUAGCAAGCAGGGCAAAUCGGCCCUCUGGACGCAUCUGGCAGCGUAUCUGGAGAUAAAGGAUUGUCAAAACCCGGGAAAACAUCAGAUGGAAAACAGCUAUCUCACCCCAGCAAAAGCACGCAGCAACUCGGAAACGCGCUACCGCACACUGAAGCCACCGAAAAGCGGUGGCAUCGCGCCACCGGCUGGCUUCAAGUAUCACACCUCCAUUGCGCACAAAAUACGCCGGCUGCAGGGCCGUACGGUCACGGGUAGCGGCGGCACGCUCUACGCAGCAUCAUCCGCGGAAACGGUACCAACGUCGCCGGGUCGCUUUACUAACUUUAUGUUGUCCGAUGUCGUUGCUUCUUUUGUCGGUAUGCGUAAUGGGUCGGUAGCUAACCUGUUUGCCACGCGCAGUCACUGCGAUCUUUCAUCGUUAGCCAUCGAACCGCAACUUCCACCGCCUUCCCCAACGCGUGGUCGGUCCAAAUCGCGCGAACGUAAGAGUCUUGGUCCCGAGCAGCUGCGACCACUUCCGGAAUCGCUAGAGUUUGACAUCCGCAACAUCCUUGCCAUGACGGACAUUAAAACGCACAUCGGGUACGCCCGUGCCUGGGUACGGUUGGCACUGGAAAAGAAGGUCCUCUCGCGCCAUCUGCGCACGCUACUGUCCGAUGCAGCACUGUUGCGCCAGCUGUACAAACGGUCCGCCUUUGUGCGGUGCGACGACGAGGUGGAACAGUUCCUGUACCAUCUGCUGACGCUCAACGCGGUAGACUAUUUCUGCUUCACCAACACGUACCCAACGACCAAGCUCCCGUACCGGGUGGUUAUCUUCCCGUCGAAGAAAUCGAGCGCUGCCACAACGUCGGCGAACGUUUGGAUUGCGAUAUCGGGCAGCCUCGGGGAAACGCAGAUCAUCAACGUGCCGCGACACUCGCUGGAGUUUGUGUUCCAUCACAAAACGCUCGGCAUCCUAACGUCCUUAAGAAUCGGGCAUGAUGAUACGGGCAUGUCAUCGAAAUGGUUGGUAGAGCAUGUCGUUAUACGGAACGAAGUUACCGGUCACACUUACAAAUUUCCCUGUGGCCGAUGGCUUGGUCGGGGCAUAGACGACGGUUCGAUCGAGAGGCUGCUGAUCGGCCAGCUUGUGCCCCGCACGGUGGACAGCGAGGAGCUGGUGGAGGCGUGCCGAACGCCGCCCCGUACCCGCAGCCCUAGCAUACAGCGGCCGGAGGUACGCCCGUCCGACAUACAGCACAUGCUGGGCGAUUGCGUGAACGCCAUCGUCAAGUGGCACUAUCGGCCGAGCCGGGACCGGGACGCCAGCUCACUAACCAACCUGCUGUGCGGUGAGAAUGGGCUGGUAAAGUGUCUCGAGCAAGCGUUCCUGUGUGGGUUCCGUUCGUCCCGGCUGUUCGGUCGCAAUUUCUACCUUUGGGAUUACUUCGUACGGGUGAAGGAACAGUUCGAGAUUUGCUUGGUGGAGGAAUCGGUCGAGACGGUGCGGGGUGGCGGCGGCGGUGGUGGUGGUAGUGGUGCCUCCAGUUCGCCACCGACCAGUGGUUCGAGCCCAGAAUCUCCACCGCAAGGUACCAGCCAUCAUCUGGCCGGCACUGGUGGUGGUGGCGUCGGUGGUGGCAACGGUGCUGGUGUUGCUCUCUCUCCGGUCGCACGCCAGGAGUUGUCGGCCGUGUGGCACUGCUACUGUCACCUGAUGGACGAGAUCAAUAACGUAAAGCAAACGUUGGGCAAGGAUGGUCGGUUCCAGUUGUUUAUCUGUUUAAGUUUGAGGGAACAUCUCCUGCACCGGAUGCUGGUGCCGAUGGCGUACACACGCGUGACGGCCGAGAUGUACGAGGAGCAGAGCUUCAUGCGGAAGAAGGGCCUGCUAACAUUCCUGCGCCAAAUAUUGGAGCCUUUGGACGAAUUUCACAUCGUGUUGGAAAACUCAAUUACACAAGGUAUCGGAUCUCACUGUUAGGCUGGAUUGGGUCCAUAUUCGAUUAGUUUGAGCGUGGCAGAACCGGAGUGUGUGUAAUCUCGGGUGGCACCCGUCUGGAAAAAAUACUCUCUCUCCCUUUAUCUCUCUACUGUACCAAAUCAUCACGUGUGAAACGGUGAUCGCGUGAUCGGAGGAUAUUUCAAAGUUCGUUAAGCUAAGCGUUUAGUUGUUUCAGGAUGCAGCUACAGAGCAUUACUCGGGGUUAAAAAUCGUAACAUUUAAGUGUCGAAUUAAACUGAAUCUACUAUCGCGUAAAACUGCUGCAGGAUCAGUCAGAGAAGCCUAUUUCCCGGGGGAAAAGAAAGCAUACGCUUUCCAUUUCAACUUUCUCCAGAGCAUGUUUGUCUGAUCUUAGUGUGUGUGUUUGUAAAAAUGCUCGUCGAAAGCAGAAUUUAUAUUUGCUACUUCCUCCUACAAAACUUAUUUCAUUUCAAUUAGCGGGGUUUUUGCAAAUUAUUUUCAUCAAUUUUAGUCGGGGGAAUCUCGUAAACGGGUCCGAAUUCAACACCGCAUAACGGGCAACAGGGAAAAAUGGUGUCUUCGGGGUUAUGUUUUAAGCCGUUAGAUUUGAAUAUUGUGUUGCAUCGUGCUGUUCUCGCAGUUGGUCUCCGAAUGUCGCUUGAUUUUAUAGAUUAAGAUUAAUUACCAACCUACCACACCGAUAGACUGAACCAUAGUUGCGAGAGAUUAUCCCCCCCCCUCCAUUUACUCAGUCUCAGACACAGAAACCGUGGCCAAAGAAUAGUCAAACGAAUGGGUAAUGUCGCAAAGCUAGACCAACGGGCAUCGAUAUCGUGAAAUGGUGUUUUCUUAUAAUUGUUUAGCUUUUGAAUUGUUUUCUAUUUCGUUCGUUGAGUUGCUGUGUUUGCUGUUAAUAUUGUUUUCCUAUUUUAAGCGCCGGGGUAUAUGUUUUUGCGAAGAUUUUUAGCUUCUCCUUUUGUUUUAACUAAACGAGUAAGGAUUGUGUAAAAUUGGUAGCGUGUAAGAGGAACAAAAAUAGUCAUCGACGAUAAACUGUGCCAAAAGAGAACGUUUUGUUCGACACACGCCACACACGACGCAUGUCAAUCACUUCGGGACAUUCAUGUUUCGUCUCAGACGAUUCUAACGACAAUUUAAGAUCAUGAAGCUGAAUAGGUGUGUGUGUGUGUAGGUCAGAAACAUAUGUGUGGUGUAGAACGUUCCAUUGCCCUCCAAAGUCAGUCACCCGUAAACAAUCUCCUUAUAAUCUCCAGUGAUGGGUGCUCUUCACCCAUUUGAUAUUAGUCAAUCGAACGUACAUUAGAUCUGUUAAGUGGUAGAAGAACCAUUAGCUCUCGUGGUAUAGCCGGACGACCGGUACUGUACGCACCACUUUUCACUGUGUCUUCGUGAGCAUGAAAUGUAACAACUAACAGGUGAAGUGAAUAAAAUCAUCCAUUGUCGUUAAUGGUAGUGAAA